UAAGUAGACAUGAAAUAAGCAAUGAACAACGAAUGAGUGAUUAGACCUAACGAGUUAAACAGAAAAAUGAAUCGACAAUUCUCACGAUUCCUUGCCCUCUUAAAGAUUAAAAAAAAUUUUGGACCAGCCAGAACCUUUCAUCAAAGUCCAUUGUAUUUAAAACAAGACAAGCUGUGGCAGCUAGGAAAAAUCAAUCACAUUGCUUUAGUAACACCAAAUCUUGACAAGAGCGCUGCCCUGUAUAGGGAUGUCCUGGGAGGGAAAGUUAGUGACAAGCAGGCACUUCCUGAACAUGGGGUGACAACAGUUUUUGUUGAACUGGGUGACACUAAAAUAGAGCUGUUGCAUCCCCUUGGUGAAAAAAGCCCAAUACAAAGUUUCUUGGACAAGAAUAAAGCUGGUGGAAUGCAUCAUAUGUGUAUAGAAGUAGAUAACAUUGUUGAAGCCAUGAAGGAUCUCAAGGCUAAAAAAAUACGCUUGCUCAGUGAGGAACCCAAAAUAGGAGCUCAUGGAAAACCAGUUGUUUUUCUUCAUCCCAAAGAUUGUGAUGGUGUUUUGGUAGAGCUUGAACAGAAAUAAAAAAGAAACUUGUUUGUAGCAAUGUCCUGUCACUUUAAUAAUAAUAUUAAUAAUUUAUUAUAAUUGUUUUGUUCAGUGAUACACCAAAGUGUGAUUUCAUUUGCAUCACUGAAAAAAAAAGUAGUCCUAUCCUAAUAUACAAUAGUAUCUUAUAAUAGCUGGAGUGCUUUGGUUUUUAAAAUGCUUGAAGCAUACAGUGUGAAAAUGAUAUUAAUACAAAUUGUUGUAUGUUGUCUAAUUUUGCCAUUAAGAAUUGUUACUGUGAUGUUCUGUAAAAAUAAACUGUAUAAGAAUGUUUUGAAAAUAAUAAAUGUUAAAAUAAUGCCUAUAGUGCAUUUUAAAAUACAUUUUGUCUUUCAUUAAAUUAAAAUGCAGUAAUGUCUUUUGUGCAUGGCCUAAGCAGUAGAGCGCUAGGCUGCUAGCCCGAAGUCUUGACUUUGAAUCCGGGUUCAAGUUAAUAUAAUGUCCCUGAGUCCAUCCAGCUCUGAUGAGUACCUAACUCAAGUCAGGAAAAAUAAAGGUGGCUGGGCAAAGUGCUGUCCACACUUUCCCUUCAUAUGCAGAGGUCAAGAAACGUGACUUCUACUUCAUCUGCCUAAUGGAUUGCUAGGUCUAAAUAGAAUUCUUUACUUUUACUGUAAUGUCUUUUGUAACAAGAUUUUUGGAAACCAUUUAACUGUAUUUAACUGAAUUUAUUUGCUAAGAAACGAAUUAUUUAAUCAAAAUACUGGCAAAAUCUGUUGUCAUUUUUUUCCCCACUAAUAGUUUUAAAAAGUAAUAAAAGUCCUUUCCAUAGUU